GUAGCUGCCUUGUUCCUUCCAUUGAGUACAGUAUACCGAAUACCUGUAACCUGACAAGGCUAAAAAUAACAAGGAUUUCUGCAUACAGAUAUACAGAUAUGUACUUACAUACAUACUGUUACCUAUUUGUAGACAAAGAUCGUGCUUAUAAAUACCAGUCAUAAGCACUUCAGCCUGACCAUCUCGUCCUUUUAUACUCUCAUAUAUAAUUUAAAUUUGUCGCGUCAUCAACAUUAUUCUUCGAGAUGUCGCUCACUAAGAGAACUCCUAAGACUCUUCCUACUUCUAGUAUGGGUUCUCUAUCCAAUGAUGUCAGCCUACCAGACGACGCUCAAGACACCAUCUCGUCCGUCUCAUGGUCGCCUGUUGCCAACUAUCUGGCAGCAGCAUCCUGGGAUGGCAAAAUACGUGUCUACGACGUCAACGCCAACAGCAGAACCGCGAAAGGAACAGCCGUGUUCAACGCGGUCGGCCCUGUCCUAGGCUGCGACUGGGCCAAGGACGGGACGAUAAUCGCCGCUGGAGGAGCUGAUAAGUCGCUUCAUAUUCUGCAUCUACCGACAGGCCAGCAGGCUACUCUCAGCUCGCACGACAAGCCCAUUCGAAGCGUGCGUUUCGUCGAAGUUCCGGGAUCGAACGCCCACAUUGUGGCGUCCGGGUCCUGGGACAAGACAGUCAAGUUAUGGGAUCUUCGUCAACAGAGUCCGUUCGCUACCAUCAUGUGCGAGGACCGCGUCUACUCGAUGGAUUCCAAGUCUCUUCUUUUGGUGGUUGCUACCGCAGAGCGCCAUAUCCAUCUCAUCGACCUUCGAAACCCGACUGUCAUUUCCCGAACUCUGAAAUCGCCGCUCAAGCAUCAGACCAAGGCCGUCGACGUGUUCCCAGACGGCAAGGGUUGGGCCACAGCAAGCAUUGAGGGACGCUGUAGUUUUAACGCCGUGGACAAAGAUAGCAAAGUCGACUUUGCAUUUCGCUGCCACCGUGACUCGCCUGACCCCGAGACGAAAAUUUCGAAGGUAUGGACCAUCAAUGACGUGCGAUUCCACCCAGUCCAGCAUACGGUCUUAGUCACGGCUGGCUCCGAUGGCGUGUUCAACUUCUGGGACCGCAUCGCGCACUCUCGGCUACGGGCGUACCCAUCGACCGGCAGUCCCAUUACAACGACAGCGUUUAAUCACAACGGUAGCUUCUUUGCGUACGCGCUCGGGUAUGAUUGGAGUAAGGGGUGUGCCGCGAAUAGCCAGGAGAUCCAGACGAAGCUUAUGCUGCACUCUGUUACGGUUGAGGAAAGUACUCCGAAGAGGAAAUAGGAGGGGUUGGAGCUUUUAUAUGCCUAGAAAUGACGGGCUAUAAGCAAGGAGGAACUGUUUAAAGGAAUGAAUGAAUGAGGAAAAUCGAAGAUUGCGCUAAGAGCGCGUUUCGAUUUCAGAUUGGCAAUCUUGUACCAAUGGAGGAUCUCCUUUGUCAGGGG